AUGGAAGGGGGUGACAUUUACAAGGCUAGUAGUAGUUUAAGAGCGAAUAGUUCUUCCCUAUGGAGGAACAACUCUGUGGAAGUUUUCAACAGGUCUUCACAUGAAGAAGACGAUGAAGAAGCUCUCAAAUGGGCUGCCCUUGAAAAGCUUCCUACGUUUGAUCGUCUAAGAAAAGGUAUAUUAACUACCUCAAAAGGUGAGGCUAAUGAAAUCAAUAUAGAAAGUCUUGGAUUUGAAGAAAGGAAGCAAUUGCUUGAGAGGUUAGUGAAAGUAGCUGAAGAGGACAAUGAGAAGUUCUUGAUGAAGGUCAGGAACCGGAUUGAUAGAGUUGGAAUUGAUCUUCCAACAAUUGAAGUACGAUUUGAGCACGUAAAUGUUGAGGCAGAAGUACAUGUGGGUGGCAGUGCUUUGCCUACAUUCUUUAACUUCAGUGUCAAUAUUGUAGAGGGUUUUUUAAAUUCUCUCCAUAUUCUUCCAAGUAAAAAGAAACACUUGUCUAUCCUAAAAGAUGUCAGUGGAAUCAUCAAGCCUAAAAGAAUGACAUUGCUAUUGGGUCCUCCAAGUUCUGGGAAGACAACACUCUUGUUGGCUUUGGCCGGAAAGCUUGACCCCAAUCUAAAGUUGUCUGGGAGGGUGACUUACAACGGCCAUGGCAUGAAUGAGUUUGUACCCCAGAGAACUGCUGCCUAUAUCAGUCAAUAUGAUCUCCAUAUUGGAGAAAUGACUAUGAACUGUCAUUAG